GGGCCAGCUGAUUGAAAACAAUCAACAAAUGCACCAACACACAAACGCUCCGGGUAUAAACAUAAACACGAACGUCAGCUGUCAAAACAGAAAAUUUCUCUGCAUCCUGUCAUCAAGUAUGGAUCGAAAUUAGUCAUUUGUGUUUUUCACUUUAGAUAAGUCGGAUAUAGUUUGUUGUGCUCUUGGAUGCAGAUAAAUAUAUUUAAGUGGGCUAUAUUGGGCCAAAGUGGAGUUGUUCGAAGAGGAAACUGAAUUUGCCGCUUUAGGCAAACCAAUAAAUCGCCGAAAUGGAAAAACUUUCUAUGUUUGGUAGUUUGCAAAAAUCGAUCGAUAUUCUAAAAUCAACAGAAUGCAGCCAAAAGGAGAAAAUCACUCAUUUUGGGCAAAUCAGCGAAGCGAUUGUGUCCUGCAAAUCCGGUUCCAUGAAUACCACCUUCCAGAAUCACUUGAGUGCAGCCAUUGGAACGUUGUUGAUGUUUUGCGAGGAAACUGAUUCGUCCGUUCGGAUGAGUGCGGAGGAGAAUCUGAAUCGUAUAAUCAGAUUCUGUGAAAGCAAUGGAAACAUCGUCAGAGUGCAAGUGGAUCUGUACCAUGAGAUCAAAAAGAACGGAAAUGAAAAAGCCUUACGCGUUUGUUUGGCCUUGUUCGGACACUAUUGUGGGGCUAUCAAGCAACGCAAAGGAAAAACAUAUGCACAAAAUCUGUUGCCGUGUAUCUAUGCCAUUUCGAAGCGGAGGGAAACUCAAGUUCUAGAAAGCUUAGCAUCAUUCGUAAAAGUGUUCACCGAGAAGCUGGAAAGCUACAUGACCGAUGGAGAGGUUCUUAAAAUAACCGAAGUUUUUAUCGAAGAUCUUGCAGCUGAAUGUGCUACGAAGCGGCGAUGUGCUGCACAGAAUAUUAAUUCUUUCAUAGAGCGGUCAAGAUGUCCUGAGUUUUAUGCAAAUAACACCUUCAACCGAUGCAUUGAAAUACUGAUUAAAAGCCAGGACCAAAAUGCUGUACUUGGGGUGUUGACUUGUUUCCGUGGAAUCAUACCAAUAGUGUUGAGGCACUCGACUGUCGAAAAAUCUGUAGAAAUAUUGGAUCUUGUACUAUAUUUUUUAAAGGAUGGAAAUCACAGUGUUGUUAAUGCUGCCCUGGAAGCGAUCGCUGUAAUCUUGAAUAAUUUGCAACCAUGUGCUAAAAAAGUGCUUCUUUCUCAAGAUGUGGAACACCGUUCAUGGUUGUUGAGACGUAAAUCUCUUAAGAAUUCAGUUUUCAAAAUUAACAUGAGUGAAAGUCUGCUUGGAUCACGCAAAUCCAGCACUGAUGCACGAAUAGAUUCUUUAAAACCGGAUAAACACAUGUCCUUCCUCCAAGUGACAUCAACCCCCACGAAGUUCACACCAGGCGAUGAUAAAUCGUUGGCAUCUGCGUCUGAUUUAGAAAUGGAUUUUUCCCGAUGCAUUGAGAACUCACUACAGAUGGCCAAUUCUAGUCCAGAGAAAGAAGUAAAACCAAAGCCCAGCCAGGCGGAUAAUGUUUCGCUUAAAAGACAAAAGUCAACAGAUUCUAUUGGUUCUUUAAUUAACACAUUUCUCGUGACUAGUACGAACGCUGGAGAAUCGGUGAGCAAAUUUUUCCGAAAAUCCUUUGAUUCGCCUGCUUCGGGAUCGACUCCAGCAAGGGAUAUCGACAACGUACGACGGGCGGAAGAAGAUGAUCUGUCGUUGGAAUCGUUGGCUAGCAGUCAAAUAUCGAUGCAAAGCAGUAAUGCUGACACUAUCCGGAACGAGUUAGAUGUGAUGCUAGAGGUAGAUGAUUCGAUUGCGACGGAAACGGUAACGCUGGCAGAGGGCACCCGGGGUGGAUAUGUAUCAGAAACAGAAGACCAAAAUGCAGAAACAGCAAUGGCAUCUCUUGCAAGUGCAAUGGAAGAUAUCGAUGAGCCAUCAGGAAGUAUCACCCGUGAUCUCUUCAUAGGAUCAAUCCACGAUCAAAACAUUCUCGACUAUGCUGUACGGCUGAUUGCUUCUAAAUUCUUACUAACUGGGACCAAGCAUGGUCUUAUUCCAGACUACAGUGUUCGCGUGUCAGUGAAAAGCAUGUCUCUACAAAUCCUUUCCCAAUGCGUUCAACUCCGACCUGAAGUGCUCUUGCUUACGCUCGAAAAAGAUGAACCGAAAGAUGAGUUUGAUGUGGUAGAAAUCCUCAACUUGGAAGAUGCGAUCAACGAGAUUUCCAACGAAGCGUUACUCAAUGAUGCUGAAGAGAAUCCUUCAGCCAACGUAGAACGGGCUACUCUACCAGAAACUGAAGAUUUGCUGGAGAUCAAAGAAGAUCAUUUCGGGGAGUGCACAAGUUCCACAUAUUUCGAGUACUUCUCUCCGAUGAGUAUUAGUUUGGAUCAAGGGCUUACAUCGCUCAAAACAAAGCUCAAAAUGGUCGAGGAGAAUUUCAGUACGAUGGCCACCGACAGUCAGGACAAAUUGAGCAAAGAAUUGGAUGCCAUUCUGUCACAGUCGGACUGUAGUGGCUUGGCGACGAAGAAAGGAGAGCGAAGAAAAGAACUUUUAGUGGUUCCCAGAGUGAUUACCAGUAGAGGAGAUAUUGUAACGAAGCGCCUAGAUCAUGGAACGGACGAGAAUCAGCAAAUGAUAGCAGAUGUUCUGCUGUUUUAUAACCAUCCCGAUCAGAUGCUGAGAGCAAACGUGCUACUUAUUAUUGGGAAUUUAUUGAAGUCGGUGCUGAAUAAAUAUGGAAGUAUGGAUAUGUUUCUCACCGGCAACGACGUGAAAAAUAUGUUGAGUGGAUUUUUGAGUGAAGACAUAUUGUUGCGUAUUAUCAGUGAGAGUUUUUCGGACGACAUCCACAUAGUUGUUAAUCAAGCUCUAACAGCGUUUGAAUUGGUUUUUACGUCGUAUUGCAAUCAUCAGAUGUACACCAAUCAAUGGAAUAGAAACUGGGAAUCAGAUAUCGAUGGUUUUAAUUUCCGGAAGGCUCCUACCUCAAACUAUUUCACAGACGGAAAAGUUCAACCGACAAUGAACCCGCAAAAAAUGCUCAGUCAACUGCUCCUGGUCUUCAACAACAAAUACUGGCUGGUACAGUGCAAAGUAUGUGACGUUACUGCCAAUCUGGACUUCAGAACCCUCAGAGCUACUGUCGGCAAGGAGCAUGCCCGUUUAGUCGAAGAGAAAUGUCUACAGCAAAUUUUCAAUCUGCUAGGGAGUAGUGAUUUCCGAGUUCGAAACCACGCCGGUCAGAGGCUCAUCGAUUACAUCGAAAAUGGUUCCGGUUGUGAACGGGUGGACGAUGGGAUCGUUGGAAGUUUCGUUAGUGAACAUUUACUAUCAAACUUCGCGGAACCUAUCGAUGCUCGUCGUUUACUCAGUUCAACAAAUGGUGAAGGAUUCGCAAAGAAAAUAAACAAAAUUCUAUACGUUAUGAGCAACAAACUUCUAAGUGUGAGCGAUCGGAAUCAACUGCUGGGAAUCAUCAACUUUUUGAAACUUCUGAUUGGCAAAUACAAUCCAUUCGAAUUUCUGGAUAUGUGGAAUGAGUUCAACUUGCUGAAUGUACUGUCGAGCUUGAUGAGUGAACAUACCGCUACAGCACUGGAUUUGACUGCGCAAAACGACCUACUGGAAAUUUGCUCAACACUGAUCAUUGUAACAAUAUCAUCGAAGCCAAUUACCAGCAUGGACAAUGAAGUGAUCGAUAAAUUUAUCUUUCACAUUCUCAAACUGCUGAAUAUAUAUCAGCACCUACUGCUGUUACCGAUACCAGCCCCAAAACCAGCUAAAGGAGAGCUGUUUGCGAACCCAAAGGAACUACAGCUAGUGAACUGCUUUGGAUACUUUGGCAACGAUCCUCUGUACGUGAAGCUGUACAAUUUGUUACGAAAUGUACAUGAAAGCUACAAGAUCACGAUCUCCAGCGAAAUAGGUCAGAAGUUUUUUGGUCUUCUCCGAACGACCAUCGCCAGCCUCUGGCGAAUUCUAGAAAUCAAAAACAUCUCGUCCAUGACGAACGGUUUCAAAUUCAUCGAGGAAGUUCUUCGGUACCUGAUCACGUUCCUGCCGUAUGAACCGGAGCACUGCGUUCGCUGUACGAGAUCUUUGCUGCGGUUUCUCUUCAGCUGCAACUACGUAAACCGAUUGGAAGACAUUGAUUAUUUUAGAAAAUCUAGUCAAUCACUCGUUCCGAGCGAUACGGCCGAGUGUCAGAUGUUUUUCGACCGCUAUCACGAAUUCAAUAAGUGCAAAACCAUCAUUUCGGUUUCUGAUUUGGGGAGCUACAUUAAGCAAUUUGAGCAGAUGGUGAUUGCGUGCUUGAAAAUUUACUCCAAAACAUCGGCAAAGGUGCAAACGACCAUUCUCGAAACGCUGUGCCAGCUCCUGGACUUUAACAUAAACUACCAGCUGUUGGACUCGAGUAACGUGUUCGUCGAAAGUGUGCUUAAGCACGUAGAAUUACUAGAAACGGGAUCGAUUGUGGAUUCGGAGCGGCUGAUGCCGAAAAUAGUGAAAUUUCUUUUUCUUCUUUGCCACUCGAAGGAUCGCGCAAAAAUCAUCAACAUUCCAAAGAUAAUCAACAUCUGUGAUAAUUUAUUGGCUAAUGCUCUGAUCCGGAAAACGGCAAUCGCUUCACUGCAAGCUUUGGUUCAUGAGAUAUUCUUCUUGUAUAGAGUUGCCCCUGCUGAUCGCAACAGUGAGUUGAUAAUGGCAGAAGUGGCUACUCAGAAGGAGGUUAUUUUGAAUAUGAUGAUCAAGUUUCCCGAGGAAAUUCUGUGCUACGAAAUUGCACCGAUGGUGCUACUGUUCGAAAGGCAAGCGCAGCCAGGAAAGUACGAACCGGAAAUUUUGAAUUCGGUAAUCGGAGCUAUGCAAGAAAAGAAACUGGUGAUCAACGAUGAUCGAGAGAGACUGAUUUUACUAAGAGUACUGAAGAUGAUGAAUACUGAUGUAAUCCAAAACGCAACAGUACUACAAAGUUUAUUGGAAGUUGUAAGUGAGGUAUACAAAAGUAAGGAUUUGACACCCAGCCAAAAACUGGUUUAUUAUCAAAGUGUUUUCGAAAAUGCACUGCUGAGGAACGGCGAGGAAGAUCUGUUACACAAUGUAGCGGCUUUUUAUAAAGAUGAUGCUGUUACAUCCGCAGAAGAACAAACAGCAAACUUAGUUUGCAACAUUUUAUACUCCUCGAUUGCGAGCUACCAAGCACAAAAAGAGGACACUGUACUCGGAGACAGUCUUGUUGAAUUCAUUCGAAUCAUCACUCAAAUUGAAAACUACCCGAAACUCAAAUUAACAAUGAAAAAUACUUUGAAGAUCACCAAACUGGGACUACCCUGUGAAGAUUGCCGGUUACAAUAUCAUAUAUUCAAGCUUCUAGUUGGAUUUGGAUUUGAGUUGAAAACGUUGACAUCAGCAUUGAAUGCAGUGCAUGGAACAGUGCUUUACGAACAGUCACUUGGCAAUAUAAUUAACCUGUUAACCGGCGGCGGAUGUUUAUCUACAAAUUUAUGCUCCGAUGAUAUUUCUUACCUUAUAAACGAACAUUUCAAUGUUUUACUAACAAAUUUUGAAGUAUUGCUUGCAUCUUAUGUAUCUUCGGUUGAACAUUCGGACGUGAUUGUGAUAAAAGCCUUAGCAAGUAUACCUCACAUUGGCUCCGCAUCGAAACAAUUCAACUUGUUAGAGAAAUCAAACAUCAGAAGUCUGUCAUUUCUGACACAUAAGCUGAGUGGAAUGCUAGGGGAUACAAACGUAGUAAUUGCGCGAAGAUCUGCAAUGGUACUCGACGGAAAACUGAACGCGCUACUAAGAAUAGAACCUCUGAAUAGCGAAAGCGUUCAAAGCAUUCUACCACAUACAAUUUUCGGAAAAUUGUUUGAGAGUUUUUCACCAGAACGCCGAAAAAAAUUCCCGAAGCUUUUCAAAACAAUGCUACUUUUAGUGCGUUUCUACGCAGGCCUGAGCGCCCCACAAGACCUCGUUCCGCAGAUUGAUACACAACAUCUCAAGCAGAUUAACACCGAUGAAGAUUGGUUCUUGGAACAAAUAAGCUUUCACUGCACCUCCCAGUCGUAUACAAAACCAAAGAAUACUGCUCGCAUGUUGUAUGAAGUCAACUCGGAGAGCAAGCUCAUCAACUUCCUCUCCAACACUAGCUUCAACUCCCGGCUACUCCGAGAAGUGAUUUGCACAGCGUUUGAAAAUAUGUCCCAUGUGUUUCGUGCAGAUUGCGUUCAUUUCAACCCACACCUGAACUAUUUGAAAGUGCAUCCCAUGCUGAAGGUAGGUUUGAUCGUUCUGAUGAGAAAACUGGACGAAAUCAAUGCCACUGCGGAGGACACGUUUGACGAGAAAACCGUACUUCACUGUGUUAAGGCAACAAUCUGUUUUCUGGAAAACGUGAUUCGUUUGGAGCACCUUUGUUUGAUCUACGUCGAAGCCCGAUUCAUCGACCGAUUCCUGAAAGAUCACAUUCUGAAGUCUAACUUUUACGAGACCCUUUUGCUAUUUGCUAGGAAAUGUGCCAAAUCCAUUCGGUCGAAGCUGAAGGCUUCCAAAACUUGUGACAUCACCACAAUUACUCUGCAUCUGCAGUGCAUAGAUUUCAUAUUGCAACAGAAGUGUCUCUGGACGGAGCUCAAUCAAAACGACAAGUAUCUAGAAAUACAAGAUCUGCUCAUCCGGUUGACAUUCGAAAUAGUGACAGAGCACUUGCGCGACAGUCUUUUCCUGCAACGAUACCAUCCGCCGGAAGUUUUUAACGAUCUCAUUGCGAACCGCUACGAACAGGUUGAGAUUUGCCUGCAAGCCCUUCUAGUCGCGCAGUACAUCGCCGAGCAGGAAUCAAUAGAGGAAGCGGUGUAUUUGGAACAACACUCAAAGCGCUUGAUGGUAACGGUGCAAUCGGUGGCAACCUCGUUGCUGAAAAUGGAUCGAUUCUAUCCGAUUGCAAUGACUCCGAGGGAGGUGUUCAACUGCUACAGUUUGGACGUUGACGUGCACCCACUGAAGUUGCCUUCCGUUCCGAUAGACUACCUGUAUGAGCUGGAUACAUUGGAAGCUUAUUUGAAACGGGUGAACUUGUUUGGAUACUCCUCGAAGCAGCAAUUUGAAGAGCUUUUUAUGUCACUGUUGGUGCUGAUUAACCGGGAAGGCGAUCCAGAAAUCAUGAAUUACCAGGAACAGUACGAAAUCAAGAAAAUGUGUUUAACGGCAAUAAGCAACCUGUUGCUUACUUGUUACAAAUAUCCACGAAUUGGUUUCACCAACGGGAAGUACCAUCAUGUGCCUCGCACAUCUCCAAUCAAAUGCACUAGUGUCGGUCUAAAGAAACUUCACAACAUUCAACUGCUGAUCCCCUCGAACAGCGUAUUCUAUCAACCAAACCUGGAGCGGAAACUUCGGGUGGCGAUCAAUGACGAGAACGUCUGUACGAAUGACAACGUUAUCGGAACAGACACAUUUUCGACCAACCAGUUUUCCAUUUACUAUUCGUGGCAAACUAUGGAGAGUGCGGAAAACGAGUGCUUGGGGGCUAAGAAUCUCAGAUAUUUCAUCGAAAAAGCCAAUUUGGAUGUAAUGAGUUCGGUGCAGCUGAUUUAUGGAAUUUUCGAGCAGAUGAUCGAGGACAACUUCGCAUUAGUUCUACCUCUUCUAGUGCAUUUCUGUGAAAUCUGUGAGAACAGAGAUCAAAUUCGACACCUUUACACUGUGCUACUUGGUUUACAGGAAAGAGUCCCCAUGGAAGAUACAUUAUCACAACAGCACAUAAUAUAUCUGUUGUGUAAGAUGUCGGCUCUGCUGAUACCAACGGUGGCUGAGUUGACUCAUCUCUGUUCAAUUAUUCCAACGUAUUUGAAGAGCACGCAGCUUUACAUUCGAAACGCCACAUUGAACGGUUUGACCUGUCUACUGGAAUGUCUGGUCCAUUCUAAUACCACAAUGGGUGGGCUGAGUGAUGAGCUGCAACUGCUGAGGAAUGUUAUCAUCAACUAUACCGUAAAGCAUGGCAUUGUUGACGAAAGUGUUACAACGUACAGCGACACUCAUUCAAAACUAGUGUGGACUUUGAACUUCUAUUUAAUCGAAACGACUUCACGAUUCGUAACCGAUUGCAAUUUGCUGCAGAAUAGCAUCAUCUCUGCCAACAACAUUCUUAAAAGGACUACCAACUUGGAUAUUUACCUUUGUAUUCUGAAUGGUCUCGAAAGAGUUGUUCUCACCAAUACUGCUAAUCGUCAACUACUGGAGAAAAUAGAAAAACUAGCUCUAGAUUUAGUGAAAUUGGACAACGAGAUGUUCUCCCUGGCAGCAUUGAAGCUUCUGUUGAGCUGCAUAUACCACAGCUCCAACGAACAGUUGGAAAACACUGAACGCUCCAAUGGCAUUGUCCAAGACGAACCGGAAAUCAUUAUUCAGCAGAUCGAGAAAAUCGAAAUCCUGUUCGCAAAGAUCCGUACAACUACUCCGCAGGGUGCGAAAAUAUUCGGUGACGUGUUGUGCCAGCUGAUUCGAGACCUACUACCUCCAAACGAAAUUCUCACAAAAGUUUUCAAAGAGCUAAUGCUAAAUCAACCGAAUCCGGACAUCAUUGCAACUGUGACCUACCAAGUUUUUCGUUCAGCAAUAGAUUGCUCCUAUUUGGCACUUCUCCAGGAGUGGCUGCUCUGCUCUCUGCCAAACUUUCUAUCUUUUCACCAGAUCAACAAAUCCGUCUGGUGUUUGACGGUUAUAUUUUUGUCCGCUUCGCUGAAUCAGCAUCUUCUGAAAAUUUUCCCCGAGGUUCUGUCGCUACCAUCGUAUCAGCAACUGAACGAGCGAGAGAUCAACAAUUUGAUACUUUCCGCCAAAGAUUUCUACCGCCGAUUGGAACCAUCGCAGAAGGCUAAGUUUAAAGAAAUAUUCCAACAAAGUGAGUCAUAUGUGUAUCAGAGCCUACUACUUUGCCUCUAGAAUGCGUGCAAACUUGUAUCGAUUACGUUAUUUAUUGAAAAUGUAUAUGUUUAUGUUCAUUGUUUUGAAUAUUAUUCUAUGAUUAUAUUUAUCGAACAAAUAUAGAACAUCUUGACCAUCA